UCUGCCCACACUGCCAGCAGCGCACAGGGCAGCCCUGCCCUCCCUGCCUGCCUCCUCAGCAGCACAACAUGAACUGGGUCGGUGGCAGUCGAAGCCGAAUCAUAUUAAAGCAAGAAAGGAGAAAACAAAAGGAAUACUUUGAAAGAAAGAAACUUAAGUCAAAAAUGAAGCUCCUGGAAGUAUCAUCUCCUAAAAGUUCAGCAGUCAGUUUGGAUCUCCUUAAUCUAUAUGUGGUUAACCAGAUAUCAACCAAAAAAGACAACACUGAGAACAUGAGGAAGCCAGUCCACAUUGAUAUCACUGAAGAAAAGAAACCUAUCAGAAGACAUAACUUAGAGCUUCCCACGUCCCCCCUUCGUACACAACAUAAGUCAAACUUAGAUGAUCUCCAGAGCAGGUUACAAAAGCAAGUUUUGGAGAGCAGAAGACAGCAUCUCUCAGAAAAAGUAAAAUACCAGCAUAAUCUGUCACAAGUAAUGGAAUUAGGCUAUGUUGAUUCUAGUAUGGAAAAUGAAGACAACAUGGCAAGAGUUUUUAGUGCUUGUCCGUUGUCCUCCUCUGGUUUUCAGUUCUCUAACCAUACACAGCUUUCAGAAGAAAAUUUCAACACAAACCUAAUGGGUAACAUUUGGGAACAGCCCUAUGAAAAGGAACUGCAAAACCAGCCAGGGAAGAGCUUUGAUCAAAACCCUUGGAAUACAAAACGGUCAAGUCAGUGUGUUUUCAGGAAGUCUGAUACAAUGGCUCAGGAACUGUUCACGCCAUUUGAUAGAGGCUCUCCCUUGGACAUAGAGGUCUUACACAGGCCAGACCACAUGAAUUCUGCCAGGAAAAAUCCAGUGAUAAUAGCCAGUGAUGAAUCAGAAAACUGUGGAGGAAUAAAAGAACCAAUAUUUGAUGUCGUGAAAGAAACUGCAGAACUGAAAGGGAUAUUUGCUUAUCACCAUGAUCAGCAGAAUAGCUUAAAGGAGAAUGUGCAGAAUUAUUCAAGAAAAAAAAGUGAUGACAAGUCUGUGAAAGAAACAGCCUGGAAUCAGAACCAUCUCUUUGUAUUUGAAGAGUUCACAACAGCAUAUGAGAAAGGGUAUAAGUUUGGAGUGAGUUCAUAUCUUCAAGAGAUGGAGAUGGACGUGGAGUCACCACUCAGCAGUCAUUCUCACAGUUAUUCUCCAAGGCAGACUGAGAGCUAUUUGAGCUCUAGUCCUGACACAUCUGAAGAAGAAGACACAGCCAAAACGAAGGAAUUUCUGAAUGAACAGUCCUUGAAGGCACAUGGUGCUAACCUAUUCUCAGCCUCAGCAAGCAGAGAGGCCCCCAAGAGCUCUCACACUCGAAGUGUGGGUAUGCAGCCCAGCAGUUUUUUGGCUAGAGAAGAAGCAAACAAUGUUCAGGAGAAAGACUCUAAUUUUUGUGCCGCAGAGGAGGGAAAUGAAAGCCAGAGAGCUCUGUCUCAGGGCCCAUCACACCGCCCCCCUAAGAGGGAGCAUGUCACUCGCAGCGCCAGGUGCGAUGUUUGGUCGCAGACUGAGGGCUCGGUGACAGAAGUAGAGAAGGUGGAUGUGGGCACCCAGUGUAGCACCCUGAGGGUGUGCAGCUGUGGGGGAUCCCUUCCCGCUGCCCGCAGCCCAGGGGAGCAGGGCAGCUGCCCAGCUGCCCCGCCCGCGGCUGCUCCUCCCAGCGCCGUGCAGGAGGUGCCGCAGCCCGCGGGCACCGGGACUGACGCCUUCUCUGCUGAGACCGAGUACCUGAGUUUGGCUGGCAGCAGGACUCUAGAGGUGCUGAGCUACAUUGAUAAAAUGAAGGAGAGAGCUCUACAAGCAGUGUAAUGGAAUGUAACGAACACAAUAGUUUUGUCCUGUUCUUAGUGUAUUUCAUUCAGUUGGCAUAUUCUGACUUUUCUGGCAUGGUUACUGUUUGUUUGCUUUAACUAUCAAUAAUUAUGGAUUUCUGUCUACCUACUGCUAUUUCAAAGUAUGAGUUUCUAUAGUUAUUCAACUGUUAACAAAGGAUUUUACAAUAGCCUAGUAAAUACAAAUAUUAGGAAUUAUAUUGGUUUCCUCACCAUAUAUCCAUAGGAUUCUGUAGUUUGGAAUUGACUGACUAUGUUUCUUUUAAGGUAAUGGGAAGUUGUUGUUCUACUUCAAAGCAUAUUUAUUGUGGCUCAGAGUUCAGAGCCCUUGUCUGAUUCUUACCCAUUUUAACCGAAAAAUUUGCCUUUGUCAUGUGUUCAUACUAAACACAAAAAUGGGAAACAACAGAAAAUGUACAUCUGCACACAUAGAAUAGAGUGUAAUUUUAAAAGAGCUAAUUUAUUAAUUUAUUUUUUAAAUGCUCAAUUUUCCUUCCACAGCAGAUUCAUUCAUUAAUUUUCUGGUUGUUAAUCUAAAAAAAUCUUCCACAUGUUUCUGUGUUCUGUCUGCAAGUUGAAAAUCUGAAAAUACUUUCCUCUUCAUUUCAGUAUUUGCGUGAAGCUACAAACCACAACAAAUAAAAGUUUCU